AUGAUUAAAAAAAAGAACUCUCCAGCAGAUAAGUACCUAAUAAAAAGUCAAAUUGGAUCAGGAUCAUAUGGAAAUACAUUUAAAGUUACCCACAAAGAAAGUGGUCAAGUAUUUUGUAAAAAAUCAAUACAAGUAAAUAAUCAAGAGAAUAUUGAAAAAGUAUUAGAAGAAGGUAAAAUUUUAACAGUGAUGGAUCAUGUUAAUGUGGUUAAAUUGAAUGAUUCAUUCUUUGAGAAUGGUAAUUAUGUAAUUAUAAUGGAAUUUGCAGAGAAUGGAGAUUUAUUUCAAAAAAUUGAAAAUCAAAAAAGAAGUGGUAAACCAUUUUCAGAUUUUGAAAUUAUGCAUUACUUUUGUCAAUUAGUUAUUGCAUUAAAUUAUAUUCAUUCACAAAAUAUAAUUCACAGGGAUAUAAAACCAAAGAAUAUAGUUUUAUCAAGUAGUGAUAGUGGUAGUGGUAGUGGUAGUGGUAGUGGUAGUAGUAAUGAUUCAAUACCGUUAUUAAAGAUUGCAGAUUUUGGUGUUUCAAAAUUAAUGUCUGAAACUGAUCUAUACGCAAAUACAACUGCUGGUACUCCACAAUAUGUUUCCUACGAAAUAUGUAAUAAAAAACCAUACACUAACAAAACGGAUAUUUGGUCUUUAGGCGUCGUAUUAUAUGAAUUAAUGACCUUAUCAUUACCAUUUGAUGGUAGAAAAGAAACUGUAAUGAGAAACAUUCAAACUGAAUCUACUAUAUUUAAACCAGUUAAUCAUCCCAAUGAAGAAUUAAGUUCAUUAUUAUUUAAAUUAUUAAAUAAGAAUCCAGAAUCAAGAUUUUCAACUCAACAAAUUUUAGAACAAGUUUUUAUUAGAGAAUUUAUUGAGAAUCAUAUGGUUGAUUUCUAUAAAAGAUUUAACUUUAGUAUAGAUGGUAUUUUUAAAGUUAUCUCAAAGAAAUUAAAUUUGGCUGGUUUAAAUUUAACAAAAGAAGAAAAAGAUAAUUUAGAACAUAAAUUCAUUUUUACAAAAAUGCAAGAAAUGAAAGAUAGAAUGAAAGCUUUUGAUACUAAUCAUAUUAAUAAAAAUCAACAACAACAAUCACCUCAAAAAUUGGAAAAUAAUAAUAAUAAUAAUAAUGAUAAUAAUAAUAAUAAUAAUAACAAUAAUAAUAAUAAUAAUAAUAAUAAUAAUAAUAAUAAUAAUAAUAAUAAUAAUAAUAAUAAUAAUAAUAAUAAUAAUAAUAAUAAUAAUAAUGAUAAAAAUAAUAAUAUAAAUAAUAAUGUGAAUUAUAAUGUUUUAAAAAAAGUAUCAGUUGAAUUAGGUUUUAAUUUAGAUAAUUAUUGUUAUGAUACAGAUGGAAUGUUAAUUGAAUUAGUUCGUAGUAAAUUAGAGGGAAAAGAUAGGAAAACCUAUUCAAAAUGUUAUAAUUAUUUAAGUAAUAAACAAUCUGCCUUUACAAAUACGAAUAACGAAUAUUAA